AUGCCAAGCAGUUUUCGCCAGAAUGAUACUGUGUUCAGCUCUUCAACAUCCCCUGUCUUGUACACGCCUUCAAGGUACGUUUCUUCAUUGUCUCCAUGCUCUUUCAUGCGCACAAGUAGCAGAUCAGAUUCAUUAGCAGGCAAAAAUGUGUCACAUAAUGUUCGUUAUGGCACUGGGACACAAACAAGGUCGAUUUCUGUUGAUGCAUUGAAAAACAGUGACACUUUUCCUCGCCGCCAUAACUCAGCCACCCCAGAUGAACAAACCAAAAUGGCUGAGUUAUGUGGGUUUGGUAGUCUUGAUUCACUUAUCGAUGCCACCGUGCCCAAAUCGAUUCGACUCGAAUCGAUGAAGUUUACCAAGUUUGAUGAAGGGUUUAACUGA